CUUUAGUUCUUAAAGACAAGAGUUCUAAAAAGUCAAUUCCAGUGACUCAAUCAGAAUCAUUCUUCAUUCUUAACACACUCAAGUUUAUACGUUACCAUGGCAAUGGUUUUGAUUAUGUAGUGUUGACAUUUAAAAACAAGUCAAUUCCAGUGAUUCAAUCAAAAUCAUUCUUAAUACACUCUUCAGCCUGAACACGUACUGUUCAUUUGUGCUUGUUGAAUUAACUGUGUUUGAGUAUUCUCUACUCUCCAGUCUAUUGUUAGAAAUCGUUGGAAAUUUUUCAUUGUCACUUUGACAACAACCUACAACCUGACAACAACAACAUACCAAUGGAGUUCGUUGAAGGAAGCAGAGGCAUCUACAGACCCAUCAGGGUGUUGUUCGACACAACCAUAUACGAGCGCGCUUUGCAGCUCUGCUGGCAUGUGAAGUCUUACAAGACCAAUAUUGCAUUGGUGAUUGAACUUUUGAGGCUUCAGUGUGAAAGUAGUAUCCCAUCUAAGGUGAGUGUUGAAGAUAUGACAGACCUGCUGGUAGAGCAAAGCAAAGCUACGGUGAGAGUGCAGCUCUGGGAGUUUGAAUUGGAGGACUUUGAUGAGGAAGAUGCCAAGCCUCUUCUCAUGUUGGUUUGGGAGGUAAUCAACAGCAUGAAAAUGAGGGACAUUGAGUUUGAAGCCAGAAGGCUACUCCAGUCGCCAGAAGACAUCCCUCCUUGUUUUCAACAUCCAAAGCUGGUUAAUUUGGCUCAGGAGUAUGGCAGGAGCCUGACACAGCAGCUGCAGUCGGCCCCCAGCUCCAAACUGCUUGGCCCAAGAGAUGUGGUGAUGGAGGUGCUACCAAAAGUCUUGCAGGGCUUCUGGUUACCUCCUCCAAGCACCUUCCUCAACAUGCCCUCCCAGCAGCUCAGUGAAAUGGCUGUUGGUGUCACAAAGUUUGUUUUGGACCGGGUCUCCACUGCUUUGUCCACUGUGCACCAUCGGGUCAACUUCUCCCGGUCCAUCAGAGACAGCAUGGUCCUGUCUAUCCAGGAAAUGGUUAGGCAGAUGUACCCUCAAGACGUCCUGAGGAGAGGGCUUAACUGCUUUGCAGCAGAGGUGCUGAACACUAUUGUUGAUGCUGCAGUGAAAGAGGUCCUUGUGCUGUUUCAGCCUCAGACUGAUACUCCUGUGCCUGCAAAUUCAAGCACCAAAAAUGAUUGCACCCAGCACCCCCAGGCUGGAGAUUUGAAUGAGGAGCCUGGUCUGGAGGAAGAUGGUGAACCAAUCCAAGAUCCAGAAUCUUCUGUUUUGUCUUCUCCACCCACUCCUCUGACUCCCAAUGCUGAACCUGCUGCCAAUAUUUUCUUGGAUGAAACGGUAUCAUCUGCCUCUGUGCUCUGCCUAGAAGCUGACUCUGCUGUGGUUCCAGCUCUGCCAUCUUCUGUUCCCCCUACUGAUGAACCUCUUGCCAUCAAUGUCAGUCAGGAUGGUUUGACAAUCAGCCAGAUUGAACCAGCAGAGCAGUUUACCCCAGAGACGGAUACAGAGGAUUCUUCCUCUGCGCCCAGCCUAAAAGCUCCUGUGGCUACAGCUCAUCCACCCCCUCCGACUCCUCCUGCUGAACCCACAGUGACUACAUCAGCCCUGAAUAGUGAGGACUUGAGUGAGAAGAUGACCAGAGAACCAGACUCUGUUCUGGCUACAGUUCCAACACCUACCGUGACCCCUGCUGAUGAACCUCCUACCAGCACUGUCAGUCAGGAUGGUUUGAUAAUCAGCCAGAUUGAACCAGCUGAGCAGCCUGCACCAAAGGCCGACUUUGCUACAUCAGCCCUGAAUAGUGAGGACUUGAGCGAGCAGAUCACCAGAGAACCAGACUCUGUUGUGGCUACAGCUCCAACACCUACUGUGACCCCUGCUGAUGAACCGCCUACCAUCGCUGUUGUCCAGGAUGGUUUGACAAUCAGCCAGAUUGAACCAGCUGAGCAGCCUGCACCAAAGGCCAACUUUGCUACAUCAGCCCUGAAUAGUGAGGACUUGAGCGAGCAGAUCACCAGAGAACCAGACUCUGUUGUGGCUACAGCUCCAACACCUACUGUGACCCCUGCUGAUGAACCGCCUACCAUCGCUGUUGUCCAGGAUGGUUUGACAAUCAGCCAGAUUGAACCAGCUGAGCAGCCUGCACCAAAGGCCGACUUUGCUACAUCAGCCCUGAAUAGUGAGGACUUGAGCGAGCAGAUCACCAGAGAACCAGACUCUGUUGUGGCUACAGCUCCAACACCUACUGUGACCCCUGCUGAUGAACCGCCUACCAUUGCUGUUGUCCAGGAUGGUUUGACAAUCAGCCAGAUUGAACCAGCUGAGCAGCCUGCACCGAAGGCCAACUUUGCUACAUCAGCCCUGAAUAGUGAGGACUUGAGUGAGAAGAUGACCAGAGAACCAGACUCUGUUCUGGCUACAGCUCCAACACCUACCGUGACCCCUGCUGAUGAACCGCCUACCAUCGCUGUUGUCCAGGAUGGUUUGACAAUCAGCCAGAUUGAACCAGCUGAGCAGCCUGCACCAAAGGCCAACUUUGCCACAUCAGCCCUGAAUAGUGAGGACUUGAGCGAGCAGAUCACCAGAGAACCAGACUCUGUUGUGGCUAAUGCUCCAACACCUAUUGUGACCCCUGCUGAUGAACCGCCUACCAUCGCUGUUGUCCAGGAUGGUUUGACAAUCAGCCAGAUUGAACCAGCUGAGCAGCCUGCACCAAAGGCCAACUUUGCUACAUCAGCCCUGAAUAGUGAGGACUUGAGCGAGCAGAUCACCAGAGAACCAGACUCAGCUGUGACUGCGGCUCUACAGGCUCUUCCAAUCACCCAUGAUGCAGCGCAGGAUGACCUGACAAUCAGCCAGGUUAAGGUUGAAAAGAAGAGCGGAGUCCAGCGCUUCUUCAGUUGGUUCAGGAAAACCCUAUGCUGCUGUUGCCUGCCUGAAGACGCAGACUGAGGGCCAGAUGUACUAUCGCAAGGGGAAAGUGGGAGUUUCCCAUAAAGAGCUGAGUUUACACUUUACAACACCAACACAUGCACCUAUUUCACUCAUGCACACCCUACACCACUGUCGCUACUGAUUUCCACAUCCCAUUCUGUAUAUAGUUAAUUUGGUAAGUAUUGUUUAAACAUUUAACAUGGUAUUGUCUUCCAUCUUUGUUAUGACCACCUGAGCCAGGUCAUGAAAAGUGGGUGCUCGUUAAAUUAAGUUAUAUUAGUAGUGGUGUGUUUAGUGUUAAUUGGUUGGUCCAGCUAAAGGUUGAUUUUAGCUGUGCUUCGCAGGGUUUGUUUUUCUUUGUU